AUGACUCCAUUUCUUCUUCUCCUCUCCUGUUUUCUCCUCUGCGCUGCAACCGCCACUUCAAACAUUCCCAAGCAUCAUGUGGUGUACAUGGGAAGUUCGUUAUCAGAUGGAAAUAGAAGAGAGGCUGAAUCUGCAGAAUCAGCUUAUUUGGAAAUGCUGUCAUCCAUCAUUCCAAGCCAUCAGAGAGAAAGAACAUCUAUAAUUCACAAGUAUAAUCAUGCUUUUAGAGGAUUCUCUGCCAUGCUUACAGAGAGUGAAGCUUCUGCUCUGUCAGGGCAUGCCGAUGUCGUCUCCAUCUUCCCAGAUUCAAUACUUGAACUACACACAACACGUUCUUGGGAUUUCAUACAAGAGGCUGGGGCAGAACCAGGCGGAGUCUCAUAUCAUCCACGCCCAACAACCACUAGUGAUGACGUUAUUAUUGGAGUGAUAGACACAGGUAUAUGGCCGGAGUCUCCAAGUUUCAAUGACGAGGGAAUUGGUGCAGUCCCUUCAAGAUGGAAAGGGGUAUGUAUGGAGGGUCCCGACUUCAAGAAAUCUAACUGUAACAGAAAAUUGAUAGGUGCAAGAUACUACAAUGUAGAAAUGACAAGGAUUGGUAACCAGAGCCAUUUAGCUGCACCAAAUGGCUCACCAAGAGAUUCUGUUGGCCAUGGUACUCACACUACAUCCACAGCUGCGGGUGCACGAGUUCCCGAUGCUAGUUACUAUGGCUUGGCACAAGGUACAUCAAAGGGAGGCUUGCCAUCAGCUAGGAUUGCAUGCUACAAGGCAUGCUCAGAUGUUGGUUGUUCUGGUGCCACCAUAUUGAAGGCCAUUGAUGAUGCAAUUAGAGAUGGAGUAGACAUGAUAUCUAUUUCCAUUGGGUUGAGCUCACUAUUUCAACCUGACUAUUUAAACGAUCCCAUAGCCAUCGGAGCAUUUCAUGCUGAACAAAUGGGAGUCAUGGUCAUUUGCUCUGGAGGAAAUGAUGGUCCUGAUCCUUACACUGUUGUUAACACAGCGCCGUGGAUCUUCACUGUUGCAGCUUCUAACAUUGAUAGGGAUUUCCAAUCUUCUGUAGUCCUUGGUAAUGGGAGAACUUUCACGGGUUCAGCUAUUAAUUUCUCCAAUCUUACUCGCUCGAGGACGUAUCCUCUUGUGUUUGGAAAGGAUGCUGCUGCUAAUUUUACACCUGUAUCAGAAGCAAGCAAUUGCUAUCCAGGAUCAUUUGAUCCAAAAAAGGUAGCUGGAAAGAUUGUUGUGUGUGUUGCUGAUGAUCAAACUGUUUCAAGAAAAAUCAAGAAAUUAGUUGUAGAUGAUGCUAAAGCCAAAGGGUUGAUUUUGAUCGAUGAGGAAGAGAAAACUGUGCCUUUUGAUUCAGGCGUUUUCCCAUUUGUAAACGUUGGAGAUGCUGUAGGGUCUCAGAUUCUCAAUUACAUUAACUCUACCAAAAACCCUAGAGCGACAAUCCUCCCUACAGUUGACGUUCACAGGUACAGACCUGCACCAACAGUCGCGUAUUUUUCAUCCAGAGGUCCCGCACAGCUCACAGAAAAUAUUCUCAAGCCUGAUAUAAUGGCUCCGGGAGUGGCCAUUUUAGCUGCCAUCUGUCCCAAGAAUGAACCAGGGAGUGUCCCAGAUGGAGAAAAGCCAUCCAAGUUUUCCAUAAAGUCUGGAACAUCUAUGGCUUGUCCACAUGUAACAGGUGCUGCUGCAUUCAUCAAGUCAGUGCAUCGUGGAUGGACAUCUUCCAUGAUCAAAUCAGCACUUAUGACAACAGCAACCAUGUACAACAACAUGAAAAAGCCUUUGAUAAACAGCACUAACAACUAUGCAAAUCCACAUGAGGUGGGGGUUGGAGAGAUAAACCCAAUUAAGGCUCUUAACCCAGGACUAGUUUUUGAAACCAUAACAGAAAAUUAUCUCGAGUUCCUUUGUUAUUAUGGCUACAAGGAGAAGGAUAUAAGAUUAAUGUCAAACACAAAGUUCAACUGCCCGAAAGUCUCCACUGAAAAACUCAUCUCAAAUAUCAACUACCCUUCGAUCUCUGUUAGUAAACUUAACCGGCACCAGCCAGUUAUGACAAUUAAAAGAACUGCAACCAAUGUUGGAGCCCCCAAUUCUACAUAUAUUGCAAAGGUGAAUGCUCCUGUAGGCUUAGUAGUCAAGGUUCUACCAGAGAAGAUAGUUUUUGCUGAAGGUGUGAGGAAGGUGUCUUUCCAAGUCUCAUUUUAUGGCAAGGAGGCUCCUACUGGCUACAGUUUUGGGUCAAUAACAUGGUUUGAUGGUCGACAUUCUGUUAAUACUGUGUUUAGUGUGAAUGUAGAAUAA